AAGAUACCAUGGCCAAAUUCCCACAAGAGUUUAACUAAAAUAUUUGACUAGGAAAUAUCAGAAAAAUGCUAUCUGGUCCAAGGGGAAGAGCAGUAACAAUGCUGCUUUUGAGUGCCUACGUAGUGUUUGCCACAGGAAAUCUGGGUGCAGCUCCACUGAAUUAGUUCAGAGCCAAAGGAGCUCUAGCAAGACGGAGAGCAGCGUUGAGGAAGUGCUGGGAGAGUUGUAGUAAACAUAAUUCAUAGCGCCACAGGAUAUCAUUCCAAGGCGAUACGUUUUCUGAAUGUGGCUUUUGACAGUUCUGGAGAUUCUCUGCUUGCUGGAGACCAUCAAGGAAAUAUUUAUGUUUUUGACCUGAAUGGAAACAGGUUCAAGCUUGUUCAGCGAACAAUGCAGGCUUGCACUGCUUUGGCAUUUAAUCUUCGAAGAAAGACAGAAUUCCUGGUGGCUUUGGCUGAUUAUUCUGUGAAGUGCUUUGAUACAGAAACUAAGGAACUCGUUAGUUGGAUGAGAGGCCACAACUCUUCGGUGUCUUCCAUCUCUGUGCAUGGCUCAGGCAGAUAUGCCAUCACCACAUCCACUGAUACAGCACAGCUGUGGGACUUGGACACCUUUCAAAGAAAAAGAAAGCUUAAUGUUCGUCAGUCUGUGGGCAUACAGCAGGUUUUUUUUCUUCCAUUGAGUAACACCAUCCUCAGCUGUUUCAAAGAUAAUUCUGUUUUUGCAUGGGAAUUUGAUACUCUUCACUGUAAAUAUCAGUUGCCAACUGCAGUAGAAGGUUCUGCAUUACAUUAUAAGGUCUUUGCAGUUACCAGAGAUGGCCGGAUUUUUGUAGCUGGUGGAAAAUCAAAUCAUCUUCACUUAUGGUGUUUAGAAUCAAAGCAGCUGGUAAGAAUAAUCCAGAUGCCUACAGAAGUACGAGCUGUCCGUCACCUGGAAUUCCUCCCUGACAGUUUUGAUGGGGGCUCCAAUCAGGUCCUUGGAGUGUUAAGUCAAGAUAAUAUUAUGAGAUUUAUCAGUAUAGAAACAUACAAACUUCUUUUUGUCAUUGGGAGUCAUGAAGAAGGAAUUAGUACAGCAGCAAUUAGCCCCAAUGGACGGUAUAUUGCAUCAGUAAUGGAAAAUGGUAGCCUUAAUUUAUACAGUGUCCAAGCUUUGACUCAGGAGGUGAAUAAGCCUCCACCGCCACUGUUCAAAGUAGUAGAAGAUUGGCCCAAGUCAGAGGCAAACAAGCUGACAACGAGAGUGACUUCAGGAAGGUCAGAGCAGCCUUGGAAAUCCAAAGGAGGCAAAAUUCAAACCAGAUUGCUGAAAGUGCAAAUGAAUACACUGCUUGAAAAUAAAGAGAAUGAAUUGCCAGGUGGAUUAAACAAGAAACGCUUACAGGCCUUACUGAAAGGAUAUGGCGAGUAUCCAGCAAAAUACAGGAUGUUUGUUUGGCGUUCCUUAUUACAACUUCCUGAAAACCACUUAGCGUUCAGUAGCCUGAUAGAUAAGGGCACCCACAGCGCGUUUGUGAAUAUUCAGAAUGAGUAUCCCAUCAAAAGCAGGAAACUGCUGAGAGUCCUACAGAGGACCUUAUCAGCUCUAGCUCACUGGUCUGCUAUCUUUGGCGAGACACCUUAUAUUCCUUUGCUAGCAUUCCCAUUUGUAAAAUUAUUCCAGAACAACCAGCUGAUCUGCUUUGAAGUUGUUGCUACAGUAGUAGUUAAUUUUUGUCAGCACUGGUUUGAAUAUUUUCCCAAUCCUCCGGUUAAUAUCCUUAGUAUGAUGGAAAAUAUUUUAGCACAUCAUGACAGAGAACUCCUUCAGCAUUUAAUAAAAUACAGUGUGACUUCACAGGUUUAUGCCUGGCCUCUUCUAGAAACCCUGUUCUCUGAGGUUCUGACAAGAGAAGAAUGGCUCAAAGUCUUCGAUAAUAUCUUCUCUAACCAUCCCUCAUACUUCCUAAUGAUUGUUGUUGCCUAUAUUAUUUGUUCCAGAGCUCCUUUGCUUCUCUGUAAUCAAAGUCAGGAUUUUGAGUAUUUCUUUCAUCAUCGUAACAACCUGGACAUUAACGCUGUGAUUAAACAAGCUUAUCAUCUUAUGGAGACUACACCACCAGAUAUCCAUCCACAACGUGUGCUUGAUGACUUCAUGCCACUUACGAAAGGACAGUACCCUGUAUUUAAUAAAUAUCCCAAGUUCGUAGUGGAUUAUCAAACUCGGGAACGGGAGAGGAUCAGACAGGAUGAAAUUGAAUACUUAAGAGAGAGGCAAUUAAUGCAUGAAUUAGAAGCUAAAGCACAGGAACGGAAAGCAGAAGAUGAAGCCUUCUACCGAAAGCAGGAGUUACUCCGAGAAGCUGAAGAACAAAGGCGAAAAAUGGUACUGGAAGAAGAAGAAAAGCUGGCAGAACGGAGGCGGAGACUAGCUGCUGUGAGAAGAGAGCUGAAAGUAAAGGAACUACAAUUUCUAGAUGCUUCAAGAAGGCGUUUUCUGAAAUACCAGCAAGAUCAGCGUCAGAUGGAGCUGAAACGUCUUGAUGAAGACAUUGCAAGAAAGGCAUCCAUGAGAGAGCAAGAAACAGCUGCUACUCUUCAAGAUAUAGAAGUACGACAGAUGGAACUUGAAUCACAAAGACAGCUUUUUGAACAGCGUCUUAUCAAAGAUCAAGAGACAAUUACCCAGGAAAUGAGAGAAGAGAAAGAUGAUAGACAAAGAAAGGCAGAUCUUGAAGACCACAUUGUUCAGAGAUGGGUAGAAACUGAUCGAGAAGAAAGACAGAAAGCUCAGAUGGUGGCUGAAGAAAAUUUAGCCAAAGCAGAGCAGAAUUGCAUUGACAACGAAUGGAGGCUGCAAGCAUUGCAUAAACUAAGGCGUGAUGAUCAGGACCGUGAGAAGCGUUAUGAAGAGAUAGCCAAGCUCCUGCAUGACAACAGGGUGAAAGAAGCUGAGCUGCUGAAAGCCAUGAGGGAGGCAGAAGAAAAGAAGUGGGAAGAAGUUACAUGGAGAAAAGCACAACUGGAGGAAGAGCAGAAGGCAGCUGCUGCUGCAAAUGAACACAGGAAGCAGUUUUUAGAAGAUGAAAUGAAUGAUGCAUUAGAAUUGGCUGAAAAGCUGCAAAGGGAGGAUGGCUAUUUUGAGAGACUGCGUGAUUUAAAGGCCAGACAUGCAGAGAGAGGGGUAGAAUUCCAACAGUUGCCAAAGUCUGGAAACAUCUGCCUGAAUGAUUUAUCUGCAUCACAGUCGUCAUUGCACACAUCUUCAGACAGAAGACAAGAGCUGGCACGCCAGGAGCGGGAGCUGAUGGCAGACAUCAGGCAGCUCAGGCAGAAGCUCACAGCGCGGGCCCAAACCAGGCGUCCUCCAGCUCGUGUCUCACCCACACGGUGGACAACCUGAGAUGGUUUGCUCUGGACCUCAGCUGUACUUUCAGAUUAUCAGUCAAACCCCGACUGUGUGUGAUGUGAUUAAGGACCGAUCAGAGAUUGUUUAUUAUAAAGGCUUUUGGAAAUAUUUUUAUAUAAAAAUAAAAUUCUAGCUAGAAAAAUGUGCAGCGUUUGUAACCUCAUUGUUUUCUCCAUAACUGUAAUAUUAUUUUUACUUCUAAAAUAAAUUGACUUUUUA